UUUGUUUUCACAAUUCGGUCAUACUAAAGCAAAGUUUGGCGACUUUGGGGAUUAAUUUAUUUUAAUUUAGGCUUUAAUUCAGCCUAAUUUAUUAAUACAUUGUUUACGAAAUGGCCACGCAGUUUGGGGAAGUCGCCGAGACGACCCGUUCACCUCGUCUCCGAUGUCCAGCUUAAUCUCAGAGAAAAAUUCGGAGAGCUCAGACAUGGAUGUGCAGACCAGUCGAGUUGUCCCUGAUGGUGGCUACGGAUGGAUUGUGGUGGCUGCCGUAGCCUUGAUUAAUAUGACCAACCAGUCCAUAUUGUCCGUAUUUGGACAGCUCUUUGUCAAUGAACUAAAUGAAAUGAAGGAAGACACCUUUACGGCGGCUCUGAUCACCAACUUGAACAGCUUGGCUCUGAACUUUUCCGGACUCUUUAUUGGACCCGCCAUUAAAAGCUUUAAGCCUAGAAAUGUGGCCGCCACUGGGUGUGUCUUAGUAUCCUUUGGCUUAGCUCUUUGCGCCUUCGGCACCCAAAGUUGGCACUUCAUCGUGGGUUAUAGCUUUUUUGUGGGCUUCGGUUUGGGAUUGAUAUCGCCAUCCACAUUUAUGGCCAUCAACUCAUAUUUCACUACCAAGCGUGGACGGGCUGUGGGUGUCUCUCUGGCCGGAGCUGGGCUGGGACAGGUGCUUAUCCCACAUCUGGUGCGUUAUCUCCUAGAGAACCACGGUUUUCGCUACGCAGUGCUGUCUAUGUCAACUUUAUCACUAACUGGACUCUUUGGUGCCGCCUUUUUGAAACCUUUAAACCCUCCAACAAAGCACAAUAACCGCAAGCACAUUCGCCUUCUUGCCGAGGCGGAAGGCGAAAAAACUCAAUCUAGUCCACUCCAAGUGGUUAUUGUUUCUUCUAACCAAAGCAAAAGCGAGGCAAUACCACCAAUAACAGAUACUUUGUGCGCACGUAUGGGACAGCGUCUGGUGGAGGCCAUGGAUCUGGAGUUGCUCAAGGAUCUGGUCUUCUGGAGCAUAAUUGUCGGCAUGGCUCUUGUAUACACAGCCACCAUUAACUUCACGAUGAUCUUUCCGGGCUUUCUGGGACAGACAGCUGGUUUGAACAGUCAGAUGGUGGCUUUUUGUAUGUCCGUGGUGGCAGGAGCUGAUAUUGUAUGCCGACUCCUACUGCCCAUCAUCACUGAUCACCUAAGAAUCCCAUAUCGUGUGGUGUUUUUAAUAGGAAUCGCUGGACUGUUUGUCGCCCGUUGUGUGCUGGCCGAGAAUCAAGCGCUGCCAGUGAUCAUCGCCGUGUCAGCGAUUACCGGCAUGAUGAAGUCGGCCACUGUGAUUAAUAACAAUCUCACGAUAUCGGCACACUGUCGCUCGGAGAAACUGGCCGGAGGGCUGGGAUUAAGCAUGAUGUCGAAGGGCGUGAUCGUCAUUACAGUGGGUCAGCUGCUGGGUUGGGUGCGGGACUACGCCAACUCCUACGUUAUCUGCCUGUAUGUUCAGGGUAUAAUUCUUCUGCUGGUGGUUCUGGUUUGGACCCCGGAGAUUUACUACCGCCACCGCAGGCAGCGACGCGCCACCACCAAGUCCAUGGAAACACAGUCUGUGGACGCAGCAGAGGAAGUGACCAAGCUCAAUUCAUAAAUUGCUGCUUCGGAGUAGAAUUUAAGCAAGAAUGUAAGGUAUUGAUUGCCAUGUGAUAGGCGGCGGAUUGGCUUUCCUGUAGGGAACCUUCCGAACACGUCGCAGUAGUUAUCUGGGUUGUGAGCAUGGACCAGUGUCAGGAACAGCACUAUUUGUAUGACUACGUAUUUUAGGAUAGGUUUUCGAUUAUUUAUUACUAUUUAGCCCGUAGAGACUUAACUUUUGUACUGCCAGAAGAGCCAAAAUACAAAUUAACCAAAUAUCCAUAUUACAAAAA